GGUAGUUCAGCCUCGUUCGUGCAUUGAGUAAGACCCCAAAUCUGUCAUCCCGGAGUGACGAAUUAAUUUCUUUAUAAAGGGAGUGGGAGUGCGCAAUCAUAGGCAAAAUAUCUUUCACCUGCUUUUUCCCAGGACUCGACAAACUAUCUUGUCUCUUUUCUACCUAUUGUGGUUCUGAUCUCGAAAUGAAGCGGUGAUAUUGCCUUUGAUUUGGUAUUUAUAGGAUUGCGACGUAGAUUUUAAAACUGCAGAUAGAGGGCAUUCACGAUGUUCGACGGCUUAUUUAUGCUGCUCGUUUUGAGCGUGAUAAUGUGUUUGAGUUGCUUUCUUGCUGGAGCAAUUCCACUAUCUAUGGCCUUAUCGCCGUCCCAGCUUCGAUUGAUAUCUACGAUUGGUAUGGGAGUACUUGUCGGGACUUCGUUGGUUGUUAUUAUACCUGAAGGAAUUGAAGCAGUAUAUACUGCAGGAUCCUCGGCACAUGCUCAUGGAGCACGGAGUAUAGCGAUUCAAGAGAGAACUUCGGAGCUAUCAUGGGUUGGUGGAGUCAACACAAUCGCAUACUCGAACAAAGCAGUUAUCAACCGAAGACGUCCCCAUCUGAAUUCAAGGACCUCGCAGCCGAUGGAAGUUGAGAUUAUCACCAGGGAAUCUCUGGCAGAGGAAAAGGAAAAUGGUGCACCAGAGAAGUCGGAGGAGAAACCAGCGGGUGAAAGCGAUGUGCAUCACGACGAGGACGAAUCACCUACAUUUUGGAUUGGUUUAUCUCUGAUUUUAGGGUUCAUUCUUAUGUUCUUAAUUGACAAAGUUCCAAGACAUGCUUCCGAGAAAUUACAAGCUCCGGUAGCUCCAAGGCAAAUUUCCCUUAACAAUUUAUCUCAAGGAAUAUCAAACAUCUCGUCGUCUGAUGAAGAAUCAGACGGCUUUUUCCAAUCACUCACGCCGAGCCCAAAGCAAAGUCGUAGUCUGGCUACAACGACAGGGCUUGUGAUACAUGCAUCGGCAGAUGGAAUAGCCAUGGGCGCAUCCGCCUCCACAUCCAACACGAAAUUAGGGUUUAUCAUUUUCAUAGCAAUCAUGGUCCACAAAGCGCCUGCUGCCUUUGGACUCACAUCCGUCUUACUGAAGCAAGGACUUUCGAAACGAGCUGCACGUGGUCAUCUCAUAGUCUUUAGUCUCGCAGCUCCAUUCGGUGCCAUCACGACGUUUCUAUUAGUGAAUAUCUUAGGGGGUGGGAACAUCGAGGGAGCCAAAGGACAGUGGUGGACGGGAAUGCUAUUGUUGUUUUCCGGUGGAACUUUUCUAUACGUCGCAAUGCAUGCUAUGCAAGAAGAUUCGGGGGUACAUUCCCAUGAACACACCAACUCCAAUGGGUAUCUUGACGGCAUUUCACAACGUAAACAAGCGAAACCGCAAAUGAGGGACACGCUCGCGGCGGUUGGGGGAAUGUUGAUCCCUCUAUUAACACAAUUUGGUCAUGACCAUUGAGUGGGCGGUUAGAUGAAGGAGGGUUGUGUUGUGUAUAUAUAAAAGAGAGGAGAAAGGGCAUGGAAGGGAAAGGAAACUCAUGGUCGUCCAGUACGAGAAUGCAGAAAGUAAAACGCAUAGAUGAAUGCUCUUGUAAGAUAUAGAUUGGGCAUGGGAGGAAGGAACACGAUAGUAAUUGUACUAUUUUCCUACCGCUUCAAAAUUUUAGGAUAUUUAUUUCCAUUAUUUUCUCCUUGUUAGGUUUGCAAUUGGAAAUUGAAGAGAGGGGAGAUGAACGCAUGAUUCGCUUACAUCAAAGCUCCACUCCGAGACAAAACCUUGGAUCUCGAAACACUGGGCCCUUUGGCUCCAUACUAUUUUUAGAGAACAGACACUUCAGAUGUAUUCUACCAGAUUAAUGCGGAUUGGCUUCGCUUCA